UAAAGUUAACAAUCUAAGAUCCUUUCAAGAUUUUUUUUAAAUAUGAAAUAAAUAAGUAUUUUGUAGGACUGCUCUAGGUAGUUUAGCAGUCAUAGGGUUUUGAUUUCACAUUUACCCCAUGAAUAAGUACAUAUUUUAAUAAUAAUGCAGAAAGUCAUGGAGAAUCGUCAUAUUUACGACAUUCAAUUUAUCGAAUUUUGUGUAUUUCUUUUACUUACAUUUCAACACAGUCUCGGUGGCAGCAUUGAAAUUUUAAGACCUGUAAAAUUAAAGGCCUGCGUAAAAUAUCCAAGUACUUGGCACGAGGACUGUAACCUUUGCAUAUGUGAAAAACCAAAUUUACGGCCCGUGUGUACGUCCUUGAUAUGUCAAGACCCACAUGUGAAGCUAAAAAAGGCUAUAAAAGGCCCUGUAAGACUGUCGCAGAAAUCAUCUAAAUGUAAAAAGAAAAAUGAAUUGUCUGGACCUGAAAAGUUGAUAUAUGAGGACCACGAAAAAACUUUUUCGAUAAUGUCUCAAGAUGAAUGGUCAAACUAUCAAAUGAAAGGAUUGACACAUUUAAGUUAUAAGUGGUUGAAAGACUGGACUGAGAAUUGCGUAGAACGUUCCAGAGUAACCCCCCCUGAGAGUAAAUGUGUUUCGUGCGUGUGCGAAGAACAAGGGGUAGCCAGUUGUGAGAUGAAAAUUGAUUGUGUACUCAACACAUAAAAAUAGUCAAUAAAUUAGUAGUAAUGUUACA